AUGCCGCUCUAUAAAUUAUAUUGCAUCGCAGCACAUUACCCAGAAUACAAACAUAUAAAAGACUUGGUAAUGUCAAGUGCGAAGAUGUUGCUGGACAAUGGGAGUGUCGUACGGGAGAUUCGGUAUAUUGGUCUGCGGACUCUUCCUCAGCGAAUGAAGCGGCAUAAACAGCAUCAUGAAUUUGGCGAUUACUGGUCAAUGCACUUCGACGCCCCACCCUCCCUCGUCUCACAACUCAACAAGUACAUGCAAACAGACCACCGCGUUGUUCGCUGGACAACGCUCAAACUCGGCGAACGCCUCACAGACGUAGCCUCAAUUCGACAAAACACCAUUACUGACGUUGACCUUGAACCUAAGGACAGUAAUAACCCAUUUGUUAAUGGCAGUAACAUGGGUUUACCAGGGGGUGAUGAGUUGUUGGCUGCAGUGGGAUCUGAUGCGAAGGUCGCGAGCCUGGGAAGGAAUGAUAUGGUCGCGUCGUUGGGUACUGGGAUGUAUGGUCGUCAGCGACUUUGAAGUGGAAGGAAGCAAACGUGUUUGUAGGAUGACGCUUUCAUGAAUUCUCCGAUGAAAUUUGGCUGGUUUGUCCGCUUCUGCCUCGUCAUUUAUUUACGACUCAUGAUUCAACC